AUGUCUACUUCUACAGCGUCAUCCACGAGCACUUACACAACGGCAGCGGAGCCUGCUUCGUUGAGCACGACAUCGUCCUCUCCUCUACCGGGCCUUGAAUCGACCACAUCAACCAUCACACGCGCGGCGGCGAUAUCCCCAUCAAGCUCAGAAGCAGUGCCAACCAGUACAUCAAUACCAGGCUCUCCCUCAGCUUCAUCGCCGAUCAAUUCCGUCACGUCCGCUAGCAUCUCUCCCAGCGCGACCAGCACAAUCACCAGCUCUACUGCGUCAAGCACCGCGACUAACCAAACCAGUCUUCUUCCCCAAUCCUCGCCGAACAAUGUGAGCAGAGGCGCUCUAGCCGGGGCGAUUAAAAGCACACGCUUGGGCGGCUCAGAGCUGUCGGAAGCUAAACCACCGCAGCAUCCAGCACUACAUCUAGGUGCAUCCGCAUCCUCGCUCUAUGCCCCUCACCCAGCCGACGACGAGACAGUUCGCGCGCGGAUCCUCACCUUAUUCGACCAUGCUCGUCUCCAUGUCGACAACUACUACUCUUCUGCAGCAGCAUCCAGUCCGCACAACCCGACUACGUCUCUUGCAAGCUACGAGUCCCCGUACCUGCCGUCACCGAUUGCAACCUUGCUGACUAAACCAGGCAGACAUCGCGCGGUCCUCACCCAUAUCCUUGUUCGGGAAUUACUGCAGAAGAUCACCCCCGGGUCUGGGAAGGGGGCGCUUCUCCCUGCCUGUUACGCGUCAUGUCCGCAAGUCGUGAAUCAGACACCAGAGACAGACCAAGUGCUAUUUCAGUGGCGUAUGCUGACAGCGUACCUCUACCAGCGCCAACAGGGAGAUCGCGACGUGGACGAGCAUGCUAGCAGUGGGCUUGCAGAGCCUUUUGUCGACGCUUUCACUGGAUAUGCCAACCCCGCGCAUACCAGGGCAGAGCGGCUCCAGCAUCUGAAGUCCGUAGCCUCUGCUGCGGCGGAAUUGGGGCGGUUGCUGUUCGCACAGCCCUGUGCGUUUGAGUUUGUCUGGGACUAUCCAGGAAGACAGGGGGCGGUACUUGUAAUCACCCCGAGGGUCAUAAAGAUCUGUGAUGAGCAGGGACGGCGGCUGGCGGUGUCGCAGGUAAUGGCGGAGGGGACAUCAUUGUCGCCGUUUGCCUCAAAACAGCUUGCAUGA